GUGUCUUCUGCAUUACAAAGGUACAUUUCUAGCGUGGAGGAAAUGGAGUUUAUAUUGAGGAAUCGUCGAGAAGCCGAAAACGUUGGUCCACCUGAUUUGGUCACCCCGGCUUCAACCAUGGUGAACGGUUCCACAACUGCGGCCAACCUAGCGACCACCACCGAGGCAAAAACGGGAAUACACAAAAUUGAGGCGGAAGUAUUGGCACAGAUUCAUAAAUUACCGGUGUGGGCAUUGAUAGCAAUAUGUGCGGGUGCGCUGCUCAUCCUGGUGUGCUGCACGUACUGUAUAUGCAAGCGAUGCUGCUGCAAGAAGCGCAAGAAGAAGGAGGGGAAGAAGGGCCUUAAAGGCAUCGUGGGGCUGGAGGACGUGAAGAUACUCGGACAUUCUAUGAAGGAGAAGGUUCAGCCUGAUUUAGAAGAGCUGGAGGUGAAUAUGGAGGACAAUGAGGACGCAGAGAGCACCAAGUCCGAGGUGAAACUGGGAAAGCUGCAGUUCUCCAUGGACUAUGACUUCCAGAAAGGGGAGCUGUCUGUGGGUGUGAUUCAAGCAGCGGACCUUCCGGGCAUGGACAUGUCGGGGACAUCAGACCCGUAUGUGAAGGUGUACCUGCUCCCAGACAAGAAGAAGAAGCAUGAGACCAAAGUGCACCGCAAGACACUCAAUCCUGUCUUUAACGAGACAUUUAUUUUCAAGGUCCCCUUUGCUGAGGUAGCAGCCAAGACGCUGGUGUUUGCGGUGUACGACUUUGAUCGCUUCUCCAAGCAUGACCAGAUUGGUCAGGUGCAGGUGCCCCUGAACCAGGUGGACCUUGGCAAGACGCUCGAGGAGUGGAGGGACCUGGCCAGCCCAGAGAAUGAGGAGAAGGAGAACAAGCUGGGGGAUAUUUGUUUCUCGCUGCGGUAUGUGCCAACUGCGGGCAAGCUGACCGUAGUCAUUCUUGAGGCCAAAAACCUGAAGAAAAUGGAUGUGGGUGGCCUCUCAGAUCCUUAUGUUAAGAUCUCCCUGAUGCAAAAUGGAAAACGGGUUAAGAAGAAGAAAACUACGAUUAAAAAGUGCACUCUGAACCCCUACUAUAACGAGUCCUUUACGUUUGAAGUUCCAUUUGAACAAAUCCAGAAAGUGACCCUGAUCAUAACGGUGGUUGAUUACGACCGUAUCGGCACCUCUGAACCCAUUGGCCGCGCCGUCCUCGGGUGCAACUCAACAGGCACAGAGCUACGCCACUGGAGCGACAUGCUGGCCAAUCCCCGUCGUCCAAUCGCUCAAUGGCACACCCUACAGGAAGUGCCUGAGAAAAAUUAGAGUGUGGCGGGGACUGUUUUUCCUUUUUUACAAAAACAAAAAUUAUCUUGGUUAGUCUGACAUUUUUUGGUUUUUAGACUAGGCGAUGUGGUCUUUUCAAAAGAAAAAGAAAACAAAACAAAAAACUAAAUUCUGUAUAUUUUGUUCAUGUUUACUGUUCAAGGAAGAUUAUGAAAGACAGAAUUUCCAAAAUAAAUGGGAAUCGGUUUUAUUUAUUGUUUAUUUUUUUUUAUUAAAAUGUCAUCAUCAUUUCAGUGUAUAAUACAUUUUAAAUAAUUAUAAUUCCAGAACAACAGCACACAAAUUUAAGAAAAAAACUGCGAAAAAGACAACAUGAAAAUCGUCAAAUUGUUAACCACAAGUAAAUAUUUACCAAACUUGAUGAUAUUGUACAUUUUGAGGGAGAAAAGCAAACAAAGAACAGGGUUUAUUUGAAGAUUUUUUUAAAACUUUGCUUUCCUCUUUUGUUGGCUUUUGUUUUUCAUAAUCUUGCUUCGUUAACUUUCUCCAUGACAGAAUAUUCUCCCAUGGUCAUAAUGGUCAAGUCUUGUAGUUUUUAGUGAAAAAAACACAACAUAAUAGGGACUGUGGUAUUAGUAGAUAUUUGAUUUGUCGUACUAUGUGAAAUCACAUUUUUAUCAUCAUUCAUGGUUUAAUAAAGGCAUUGAUACAUAUGAUUGUUUAUAACCACAUCAUGCAUGAAUUGUGAAUAACUGUUGAACUGUUGUUUUAAUGGUUUUAACGUGAAUGUUCAUCUUUUUGUAUUUUAUAAGCUUGGAAAAUGUUUAUCGACACAAUUUGAGGAUUGCAAUUGAGAUGGUUGUUAUGUUAUUGAUUGUUUGUGAAUGACUCUUGUUUGGGAUUAAUGCAUGUCUGCUGAUUGAGUUUGAAAAAAAAUCUUCAAAUAAUCGCGACUUAAAUUUUUAACCAGGUUUUCCGAAGGAAAAAAAGGGUUAUUAGAUUGGCGAAUGUCGGCGGGCGGGCGAGCAGGCGGAACAAGCUUGUCCGGGCCAUAAUUUUGUCGUUCAUUGUGAGAUUUUUAAAUCAUUUUAAAAUUUGUUCACCAUCAUUAGACGGUGUGUCGCGCAAAAGAAUAACGUCAAUAUCUCCAAGGUCACACUUUGAGUUCAAGGGUCAAAAAUAGCCUAAAAUGAGCUUGUCCGGGAAAUAACUAUGUCAUUCAUUGUUAGAUUUUAAAAUCAUUUGGCACAUUUGUUCACAAUCAUUGAACGGUGUGUCACACGAAAGAAUUUUGUCAAUAUCUCCAUGGUCAAGGUCACCACAACUAAAAACAUAUUUAUUCUGAAACAAAGGGGGUUUAUUAUAAACAAUCAGUUCAGUUUAAGUUGUCUCCCUUUAUUAGUCUUUUUUUUCUAAUUGAAAACCUGGUUUUGUGACAAUUUUGUCCCUUGUUUUAUAUGUUUGUGUAGGAUUAGUCCAAACUGAAGACAAAUAUUGCUGUUUCAGAAUUAUAAUUUAAACUUUAUGUAAAAUACAAAGUUGCAUGCUUAAGAUUCCUGCUAGUAUUACAUUUUAUUCAAUAGAUGAUGCUUAAAUGCCUUUUAUUUGAAGGUAAUGAAUUACAAUUGCAUGAUCUAAAAAUAUAUAUAUUUAUCAAUGGUGAAUAGUAUAAUGAACAUGUUUCAAAUCAAUAAAUCUUAGAGUACGGUAACUUACAAUUGCUGUUGCCAGUGUGAGAUUGUUUUUAGAAUAUGUACUGAUAAGCUGAACUGUAUAUGUAACUAUUAUGUUGUUGUGCAGCGGGAUACAUUGCACCAUGUAUGAAAUGUAAAUGAAGGGCAUGUAGGCUGUUGUGAAAUGCAUAGUUGUGAAAGUGUAUUUAAAUGCGUAUUUAAUCAUGCAUACAGUGUACAUGUGCAUACAGCGAUGAACAAUGACAUUAAAAUCAGCAGUUUGACGCUACUAAUUUUCUCAGAAACCAGACACAUGCCCCCCCCCCAACAUAUGCCCUUGCGAUAUAUUUCGGAUAGGUGGUACAAAUGCUAUCCAGUACUUAUGUGAAGCCUAACAUGUGCCCCCUAAAUAUCACAAUAGAGUAAGUAUGUCAGUGAAUUAAUUGUUUGGCCGACAUUCAGUGUCCUUGGCUGAAGAUAAAAUAGCAUAAUCUAAUGAGUAUGCAGCAAAACAAUUUAAAGAAAUUGUAAGUGUCUAUGAGGGGGUUUGAUCCUCAUUGGUUUAGGUGUAUGGAUGUGCACUUCAUUCUUAUGUAUAUUAAUAUGUGUAGUCAGUUUGGAGUGUUCAGCCACUUUUGUUUGUUAGAGUUUCUGUGAUACUGUUUUUUCUUUUAUUUCUGUUAAAGUGUUCACAUUUUAUUUAAAAAAUACAAAUAAAUGUUACAAGCAACUGGCCGUCUUAAAAAUAUUUGAAAAUUCACUUAAGUGUAUGUCAGCAUAUUUUAUUUACAUUUAUGAUUAAAUUUUCUGUAUCAUAUGUUGUUUAAAGUUUUCCAGGGUAGACAUGUUUAAUAGAUAAAAAAUACAUUUUUAACAAUUAAAACAAUUAUACAUGUACAUACAUGUAUAUGCAUCUGUAAAGCAUAUCAAAGAAUUUUUACUUAAGUUCAUAUUCGUUAUGUUAAAGUUGGAAUGCAAUCAUAUCACUUUGGGACAUUAAAUUGAUUAUUUGUGUUAGUUGAUAAUAAAACAGUUUUGCUUUACAUUAUUUAUUUGCAAGCAAAAUGUGUAUGUAUAAUUUAAUGUAUAAUGCUUAUAUAAUGAUGAGUUUGUGUUUUAAGUUCAAUACAUAACAACAACUGAGAAACAGUUUCAAAAUUCUGUGAUCACAAUUUUGAAAGUUAUAUGUUCUUAUAAAAGACUUUCCAGUAUGCAUUUUCCAGUAUGCCAUUGCACUCAUUUAAACAGCAAUUUUGGAUAAUUUAGAUUCAAAAGUAUCAGAUUUUGCUUCUUUCUCUAUAAAGACGAAGCAAUAUAAAGAUCUUGUCGUGGUGUUAAAUAAAAUCCUUAACAAUUAUGUUUCAUGUUCUUCAGUUUAUAAAAACAUGUUUUAUAUUUGGCAUCUUUUUUUUUAGGCGAUUUAAUUUUCAUGUUGGUUUAAAAUCAUUUUGAGUUACAUAUGUGUUAAAACAUGUAUUUUAAUUUUUAAACAUGUUUUAAGAUGUUUGAAAAGUAUGAUCCAUUUUCGAUAUGGUUAUGUAAGCAAAUUGAAUGCAAUUUUGUGUAAAUGCAGUAUAAUUGAUCCAUCCGAUCUUAUAUAAAUUCCACAAACAUGUUACGCUGUAUAAUGUGAAAUUAGAAUUAGACAUCAAGCACAGAAUUGGCACAAUUAUUGUUCGUAUUGCUUCUACAUGCUUCUUCUUUUUGUCAAUACCUUUGGGAUAAAAAGCAUUUUUCCCAUCCUUUUGUGGAUUUUUUCUGUGAUUUUUUUUAACGGUCUUAUUAAAUGUAACACAUUUUCAUUAUUUUUUUUGUGGACAUUCAUUCAAGCAUUAGUUUUGUGGUAUAAAAGCUAUUUUCAUGAUGCAGUAAUUACAUCUGCAGGAGUCUAUCACACUAAUGACCAUGCAAAGUUCAUAAUUACAAAUGGUUAAACUGUGUACAAGACAAUUGCGAUAUAAAUCUGUUCACUCCAAGUUUGAUGUCUAAUCCUUACUUCAUAUAAUGUGUUUUUAUGUCAUUUUUGAUCAUCGAUUAUCUAUACGCGACACAUCAAUUGUAAUGUUGUAUAUGUAUUUCAUGACAUACUUAAAUGUCUUCAAAUUGACUUAAAUGUCUUCUCAUUGACAUGCAUGUAUUCAUUUAUCUAUUGUAUUAAAUAUAUAUUGAAAUAUAUUGAUACAGAACAGAGGAAAUACAUUGUAUAGAUGAUAUAUAAUGAAAUCAAUUGAAUCACAGCAGAUGAAAUCCAUUGUUAAGAAUGAAUAUUAUGAAAUCCAUUGAUACACACCGGAUGAAAUCCUCGGUAAAAAAAACCCAUUCUGUUAAUUAUUUUCCACUAUUACAUUAUGUUUAUAAUUAUGAAAUAUAGAUUCUAUAUAUGAAUAUGUGCUAGUUUCGGUGCAUGAUGUUAAAUAAAUAUAUUUGAAGUUUCUCCGGAAAAGAAUAAUAUUAAAUACUUAAUUAUAAAACUCUUAAUCAAUCUAAAUUCAGCAGUUCGAGCUGUUCUGUUCACCUCAUUAAAGAAGCUGGUUGUUUUGCAAUAUCAUCACACCAUCUUGUUGUUUUAUGUGUGAUCAUAGUUAUCUACUUACUACUUAUUGAAAAACUAUUCUACAUAAAACACAAGGGAAUUUUGCAUAGUUUUGCACUGAGCCCAUCGAUUUUAUUUAAUUAUGUAAUAUGUAUUCAAAUUGCAUGGUAUUGUUUUAUUUAAGGGUAUACUCGAUAGGCAUCUUUAACUUUAUGGUAUUACUUAGUAGUUACACAAUUAACUUGGACAAGGUCUGCUCCAAAGUGCUGGACAUUAAGUAAAAUUUGAUUAUAACCGUUACCGGUAGUCUCUUAUAAAAUAAAGAUUUGUGAAUUAAUUUAAAAUCUAUCUGUUUCAAUUAUUUCUGUGUGACCAUUUAAUAAAAUAAGAAUAUUUAUUAAAAACAAUAUUAUGAAUUGAUACUUCUUGAAAUGUAUUACACAACUUUGAUAUUUGAAUAAAUUUAACAUGAAAGUAAAACGAUGCCAUUUUAAUGUGUUACAUUUGAUUUUAAUACAAUAACAUUUUGUGACUUGAACAUUUGCAUACCUGUAACCGUUGUCAAUUUGAAAUUUAUUGUGCACAUAUUCUUUUUGGCUUCUCCUUUGAUAAUAUAGCCACUUAUGUUUCGCUUUCAAAACACCAGUCUUUUGAGACUUGAUUAAUACACAUAGACCUAACUUGUUUUGUUGGUGAAUAAAAGUCUUUGUCCAAA